UAGGGUCAGGUUUUUAUUUAUGUAAUAACUGCUACUUUUAAAUAUUUUGCUAAAGCUAAUGGGUAGUUUAUUGUAAUCAGUAGAAGCUCAUCUGGCACAUAAAUGAUCAAACUAUAGUUCCUUCUAUAUUAUGCAUCAUUGAUGAGUAAAUCUAUGUUUUAAAUAAAGUUUAAUGCAGGGACCUUUGCUCUGUUAUCUCCACCACUCACACACACAUACACACUUAAACACUUAAAUUCACUUGAAGGAGAUAAGAAGAAGCAAGCAAACCAUUAUUUGGGUGUGGUUAGAUCUAAUUUGAUUGUUUGGCCCAAUUAAUGAAUUCAUAAAUCUUUUACAAACCAAAGCAGCUAAAUAUGAAAUUUGACAUGACCUACGUUUUUUUCCCGUUCUAUAUUCUGAUGCAGAAAUAUAUUGCACCAGAUUGGUGUGUUUUAUCAAAAGCAGUUAAGAAACUGGAGAUCAUGUAUUGUCGGAUAUUAGACAUAUUUAAUUCACAUUUAGGUUAGUUUUUUAUUUCAAAUAUUAUAACAUUUGUUCUGUUCAUUUUAAAUUAAUGUCGAUAUCUAGCACAAAGUGAAGGAAAAGUCUUGAAAUAUGUGGAAAUCUAAAUAUAUAUGUAUAUAACAAGCAUAAAUUAUGGCGAUAAUUGUGGAAAACAAACCUCUGGCACAUUGUCAAAGCACGCACGUUGUUUGGAAGAGUUCCACUGGCGUAAGUCACUUCUAUCUUGGGUGGGACUGCUCUGAUACAAACGUAUAAAAAGCGAGCUAGUAGACAAACUAGUUAAGAUCGUCAGGACACAUCAACUAACCCAUCAUGAGUCUCUCCGAGAAGGACAAGGAGAUCGUGAAGACGCUGUGGGCAAAGAUCUCCCCAGCUGCUGAUCAGCUUGGGUGUGAGGCCCUCUCCAGAAUGUUCCUGGUCUUUCCUCAGACCAAGACUUACUUUUCUCACUGGCCAGACCUGAGCUCGGGCUCAAGUUCAGUGAAGGCGCAUGGGAAGAAGGUGAUGGAGGGUAUUGGAGAGGCUGUCAAUAAUAUCGAUGAUCUUUUUGGUGCAAUGAGCAACCUCAGUGAGCUGCACGCCUUUAAGCUUAGAAUAGAUCCUGCUAACUUCAAGAUCCUGUCCCACAAUCUCCUGGUCAUGAUUGCCAAAUGUUUCCCCAAGGAUUUCACAGCUGAGGCACAUCUGUCUCUGGAGAAGUUUUUCUCCAGGGUUGCACUCGCCUUAUCUGAUAAAUACCGUUAAAAUACGAGCUUCUACACAUCAUGGAAUACAAUAUGCUGUGGAAUGAUGGCUCAUUGUGGUGAAUAAUAAAGCUAAU